UGUUUUCACAUUUCAUCGUUUCAUUCCUGAUUUAUAAUCUUGCAGAUUAUCCUCGUGAUUUCGUUAGUGAUUAUUUUUACAUUUAUUUAACUUCAUAACACAAAAACACAUUUGCAACUAUGGUUUUUGCCUUAUGCAAGAAAUACGACACGGAAAGCGCGAUUGAACAAUCGAAACACGUUCUAUCUAAUCUACAAUGCAUAUUGAAUCGCUUAUAUGGAGAACAGGCCCAAAGUGAUAGAGUUGUACAAGCUAGAAAACGUCGCUUACGGAGCAAGCCAGCGAACAGUUUCGAAUAUUUUUUAAGCAAAAGCAUAAUGUAUUUGAACAUGGCAAAUAGUUUUUAUGAAUGGAAUAAAAAAAGCCGUGAAAUGUUUGGGGCGCUAAUGCGAAAUAUGGAUAUUUAUACUAAGCUGAGAAACCAGUUAAAGGAGAAAAUAUAUAAUGUGGACCAACUUGCUGAUGGACAAGAAAUUUAUGAUAUAAAUUUCAUCAUUGUUACUGAGGAGGAUAUGAUCAUCGAAAAUGGCAUAGUUGAAAAUAUGGACGUAAGUGAAGUAAUGGAGUUUGAAGAAUUUGAAUUAGAAGAGUUUUACAAUUGGGUUAAUAAAAUAUCCGAACGCAAAGAGUUAUUGAUAGCGAUCGAAACUAUAUUUGACGAGAUCCAAGAUAUAUUCUCCAAAAGAUGUUUUUCAUUAUAUCAAGUAUUAGACAAUUAUUACCAGAAUUUGAAACAAUAUCUGUAUAAUAACAAAGACAAUUUAAAAUCAUGCAAAUUUUAUCGAGAAAUAAGUCUGUCGCAAUAUGUAUGUUGCAAAUACCAUUUUUUAAAGCGAUUGCUGAAGCGAGUUGACGAGGAAAAAGAACAUAUCGCGAAAUAUAAUGCUGCAUACGAAGGAAGAUGGAAAGAUAAUGACAAUUUUUUCAUUUAAUAAUUUAUACGAUAUUUUAUUUAAAAAAUGGAAGAAUAUAUAGAUUUAACUUUCUUUUAUUUAUUGUAAGUUAUUGUAAAAUAUAAUGUUCUUUGCAAUUCUUCUUUGAAC